AUGAGUGUCUACACGCAAAAAGGGAAGAAGUACAAAAGGAAGAGGAAGAGUCAGAGACAUUCAGCAGAGACCACUGUGGAGAGAAGAGAGCAGCAGAACAAGACAAAAAGAGGAAUAGACGGACUGUGCCAAUCAUUGAAUCAGGAUGUUUGUUCUCAUCUGGGCAACUCUACUCUUCUCUGUGAGAGGCACAGCUUUCCCCUUCCUCUAUUGACUCACUUGGAAUCUGGGAUAAAUGAUGCAUCAGUGGGACAAACAACAGUUGCUGAACUCAACAUCACUACAGAGGAGACUGGGACUCAGAAUGUGACCUAUGUGAAGGAAGUUAAAAUCACUGGGGAUACAAGUGUGAAGGAGGGUGAGACUCUGAAUCUGACCUGUAGUGUUGAAAGUUUCCCUCCAUCUCUCAUCACCUGGACUAAACUUGGCUUGAGCGGAAUCCUGAACAAUGACAUUGGAACAGCCACACUUGUCAUCCCUAAUGUGACAGCAGAAUAUUUUGGACAGUACAUAUGCACAGCAAAACAUCAGGACAACACCCUGACGAAAGAAGUAAACAUAACAGUGAUAUAUGCAAAGAAACCUGUGAUCACUGGAAUGACAACCGUUAAAGAAGGUGAGGCUCUAAAUCUGACCUGCGGUGUUGAAAGUUUUCCUCCAUCUGUUAUCACGUGGACUAAACGUGGUUCCAACAACAACCUGCAAAAAGAAACUAGAAUCAUCCUGCAGAAUGACACGGGAUCAGCCACUCUUGUCAUCCUUAAUGUGACAGCAGAAUAUUCUGGACAGUACAUGUGCACAGCAAAACAUCAGGACAACACCCUGACGGAAGAAGUAAACAUAACAGUGAUAUCAGAUGGACCAAGUGCAGUGCUUCCAUGGGCUGUCGCUGUUGCUGUUGUAUCUCUCAUUGUGAAUGUCAUCUGCAUUAUCCUCUUGAUGUUGCUGUGGAACACACGAAAAAAGGUGAAACCAAACCAAGAGGACAGGACUUACAUGUCAUUGCGGAAAACCGACCUAUCACCAGAGUAUGAUGUCAUUGCCCAACCUCUUAACUAGCUCGUGUCAGCUUCCACACUGCCCUCCCUCCAUGGAGUUCACCAGAGCUUCACAGGAAUCCUCUUCCACUCCUCCAUGAUGACAUCACGGAGCUGGUGGAUGUUAGAGACCUUGCGCUCCUCCACCUUUCGUUUGAGGAUGCCCCACAGAUGCUCAAUAGGGUUUAGGUCUGGAGACAUGCUUGGCCUGUCCCUCACCUUUACCCUCAGCUUCUUUAUCAAAGCAGUGGUCCUCUUGGAGGUGUGUUUGGGGUCGUUAUCAUGUUGGAAUUCUGCCCUGCGGCCCAGUCUCCGAAGGGAGGGGAUCAUGCUCUGCUUCAGUAGGUCACAGUACAUGUUGGCAUUCAUGGUUCCCUCAAUGAACUGUAGCUCCCCAGUACCGGCAGCACUCAUGCAGCCCCAGACCAUGACACUCCCACCACCAUGCUUGACUGUAGGCAAGACACUUGUCUUUGUACUCCUCACCUGGUUGCCGCCACACAUGCUUGACACCAUCUGAACCAAAUCACCACCCCUUCAACCUCUGCAGCAAUGAUGGCAGCACUCAUACGUCUGGAUAUGGGAUAUGACGCUGAGCACGCACACUCAACUUCUUUGGUCGAUCAUGGCGAGGCCUGUUCUGAAUGGAACCUGUCCUGUUAAACCGCUGUACGGUCUUGGCCACCGUGCUGCAGCUCAGUUUCACGGUGUUGGCAAUCUUCUUAUAGCCUAGGCCAUCUUUAUGUAGAGCAACAAUUCUUUUUUUCAGAUCCUCAGAGUUCUUUGCCAUGAGGUGCCAUGUUGAACUUCCAGUGACCAGUAUGAGAGUGUGAGAGCGAUGACACAAAAUUUAACACACCUGCUCCCCAUUCACACCUGAGACCUUGUAAUUUGAUAUUUAUUUUAUAUUAUAUUGUAUUUGAUAGUAACAAUGUUUAUCAGAUAUUAUUGUGAUUGCAACUGUAUCUUUAACAGUGUCUCUGGCAUAUAUUCUGUAAGACCUAAAAAGAUUAUUUUUGCAGCAUGGUGACAUUUAGUUUGUCACGUAUCACAAAAAAUGAAAAUUCAUUAUGGCUACAAAUAUUUGUCUGAGACUAGCCUCUUUCUGACCAAGUAGUUACAGGAACGUAGUUAUAGGAACAGUCCACAUCUAAACCGUUCUAACUACUCUUCCCCCAAAACCGGUUUUCAAUUUGCAUUCACACUGGCCAAGUGACCAUAGGAACUAACCUUUUGUUAUUAUAAUCACAGCCAUCUAACCACCACUACGCGGAAAAAGGAAAAGACCCGGCCCUGAAGUAGGAACUGAAAGAGUUACAGGAACUGUGGCCAGAGGAAUUUAAUAAUCUCCAAAUUGGUCCAGUCGGAAGAGGAGAAAAAAAAGGGUUCUAGGAACUGCAAAAAUCCCUCCGGUCGGAAAGAGGCUUAAUGUGGCACAUUUUAUUACCACUCCAUUAUGAAAUAAAAUGCAAAUCAAAAAAGUUAUUGUUAAGAUAUUCCCAUAAUGAAUAAAUAAUCAUUUUCAACUUCACAGAAUGUUGAAAUGUUGUAUUCUCUGUUGAUGAAUGAAGGAUUCAUAAAUGUUGUCAGUGGUAGGGCAUCAUGCUAGACCUGCAACUUAGACUUGUUAUUCAAAACAUAAUUUGUUACAGUACCACUCAACACACAAAAAAGUGUUGCAGAUGUGAACCUGACUUAGAGAGAAACCAAUAUGCUAUAUAUAUUAUGUUUGUGAUUAGGCAGUGUCUGUUACAGUGUCUCUCACCUGUAUGUUACAACACAUCAUUUCCAACUACUCUCUGCAAUGUUUAGUUUAUGCAGUUGGUGUGUAAUAUGCACACAUACAGUAUGUUAGUUGACUGUGACUGAAUUGUUGACCGUUAUUUACUAAUAGCUCAAAGUGUGAAGUGUGUGGACUGUUAGUGACCAUACAAGACAUGGUUGAUGGACAUUUUGCCAACAUAAAAACAAGUCACAGUUCUUGCUAAGUAGUGUUAAAACACACUGAAACACACCUUCUCCUCUCUUCUGUAGCCUUCCUGAGGUGGGGAUAUCCAGCCUUAGCUGCCUGUAACAUAAAAUAAACGUUUUGCAUGCUAAAGUGAUUUAACAUUAUAAAACAUGUUAGGCUACUGUUGUAGUAUGUAAAAUGUCAUGAGCUAAUCUAAACUAUUUUAUUUAUUUAAAUAUAUUGUAAUUUAUAGGCCUUAACAAGUGAAAAGUACAAGUAGGCUACUUUGCGUGAGAACAAAUGAGUACGAGACAAAAUACAGUGCCCCCCACCCUGGCGGGUGUUGUGGAAAGAAGAGGGGGCCCAAGAAGGAACGUAUAAGAGAUGAGGGGAAGAAUAGAUCGGGGCUCACAAAGUUUGACAGUCUAGAGAUACGUGGACCGGCUCUGGCUUUUUGUCUGUUGCUAGGGAAACGUAGUCUCUGCGUGCUUUGUGAUCCUGCAGAUGCUGGACUGAUUAAACAAAUGUAUUAUA